AUGGCAUCAACAGCGCCACCAGAAAUCCUACAAGAAAUAUUUCUCCAGUUAACGUACAACGCAGCCGGCAACUUUUACACAUCCGAUCUUCACUCUUGCAUUCUGGUGAACCGACAAUGGUGUUCAUCAGCGAUAGCGCUUCUCUGGUCGGAACCGUUCGAAUCAUCCACCAUACUAAAAAACAAACACUUCGAAUCAUUUAUCGAGGUGUACCUUCUCUUUCUGCCGUUGGCAACACUUUCAGAGUUUUUGCCGCAGGCUUUUCUACGUCGAUAUCGAAAGCAUCCACCGCCGAAAUUCGAGUAUCCGCAUUUCGCGAAACAUAUUAAUUUCGAUGGAAUGUAUAAGACGGUGGAUAAAUGGUGCCGAAAGUAUUACUUAUCGGUCGUGUAUACGGAGAAAAUUUAUUGGGCCUUGUUUGAAGUUAUGCGACGGUCGGGAGCGUGUGUCGCGGCACUGACUUGUCAUGUGUCUGCACACCCAAGAGAUGUGCCUCAGUUUUUGUUGAAAAGUGACGAUGGUUUCCAGGAGUGGCUGGCUUCGGUUCGGACGUGUUGUUUGGUGUGUGAUACUAGAUCACAGACAGCGAUGUUGUUUGAUGCGUUGCCAGAAUUAUCAGUUUGCGUGGAAGUACUACACCUAAUAAUGUACGAUCCAGAGGUACACAGCAAUCGAACCCUCUUUCCAAAGCACAUGGCUCGAUUUCGACGUCUUCAAAAACUCACGCUACAUCGCCUCUCCAAAGAAUGCGAAGUCUACCUAACUGCUUACCACUACAAAUAUGAGUGGGAUUUCUUUCUCGAAAUUGCCAAUCUUCGCCUGGUCGCCAACAUUCAUCUACCCAAAGAAUUACUAUUUUCCGAUAAACUUGUCGAAGUCGUGUUUCGUCAUUGUCAAGGAUUUAGUCGCGCUGCUGUGCAGAAGGUUCUCGUCACAUCGUUUCCAAAGUUGCGGAAGGUCACAGUAGUCGAUUGUGAGGAUGCAUGUCAGGAAUUUGUUAGAUGGGCAGCUGGGAUUAAUCAGCGUGCUGAAUCGUCGAAUGAUGCAGGAGCUAAAUAG